AUGAGGCUUCAAGACCUUAUUGUUCUCGUGACAGGCUCCUCCCGUGGUGUCGGUCUCGCCAUCGCCAGAGCCUUUCGACGAGAAGGCUCGAAGAUCGUUCUGAACUAUUUCAAAUCCGACCCUACAGUUGUCGCCAGUCUUGCGAAGGAACUGGACGCAUUCCCCUUCCGUGCCGAUGUCACCAACCCCGAAGACAUCAAAGCACUCUUCGCCGCCACCGAAGACCAUUUGAAAAGCCCCAUCACCACGGUGGUGAACAAUGCCAUCGUAGACGACUUCAUGUUCAAUGGGGAUGCGAGGACCAAAGUUCCUGAUCUGUCCUGGUCCGAUUUCGAUUCCCAAUUACAAGGCUUCCUUCGCGGGACAUUGAACACCACUCAGGCGGCUUUGCCUGGAUUUGAGAAAUCUGGAUUUGGCCGCAUCAUCAACAUCGGGUCCAAUCUGUUCCAGAACCCGGUCGUUCCUUACCACGACUAUACCGCCGCCAAGGGGGCGUUGUUGGCAUUCACAAGAACCUGUGCCGCGGAUCUGGGUCCGAAGGGAGUCACGGUCAAUAUGGUGUCUGGAGGUCUCUUGGAUGUAACGGACGCGAGUGCCAGCACUCCGAAAGAGGUGUUCGAUCACAUCAAGGCCGUGACGCCACUCAGGAAAGUCACCACGCCAGAGGAUCUCGCGGGUGCGGUUUUGUUUUUCGCCAGUCCCUGGGCCGAUGGUGUGACGGGCCAGCAAGUCGUCGUGGAUGGUGGUUUGGUCAUGAAUUGA